AUGAAGGUGAUCGUGGGCCCAGACCCUUCCCUGGUCUACCGACCUGAUGUGGACCCAGAGAUGGCCAAAGACAAGGGCAGCUUCCGAAACUACACCUCGGGCCCCCUCCUCGACCGUGUGUUCACCACCUACAAGCUCAUGCAUACGCACCAGACCGUGGACUUCGUCAGGAGAAAGCGUACCCAGUACGGGAGCUUCUCCCGCAAGAAGAUGACCAUCUUGGAGGCUGUGGACAUGCUGGACCAGCUGGUGGAUGAGUCAGACCCGGAUGUGGACUUUCCCAAUUCCUUCCACGCCUUCCAGACAGCAGAGGGCAUCCGGAAGGCCCACCCGGACAAGGAUUGGUUCCACCUUGUUGGGCUCCUGCACGACCUGGGGAAGGUCCUGGCUCUGUUGGGGGAGCCCCAGUGGGCAGUUGUUGGAGACACCUUUCCCGUGGGCUGCCGUCCCCAGGCCUCUGUGGUUUUUCGUGACUCCACUUUCCAGGACAAUCCCGACCUCCAGGAUCCUCGAUACAGCACAGAACUUGGCAUGUACCAGCCCCACUGUGGACUCGAGAAUGUCCUCAUGUCCUGGGGCCACGAUGAGUACAUGUACCAGGUGAUGAAGUUCAACGAGGUGUCCCUGCCCCCAGAGGCCUUCUACAUGAUCCGAUUCCACUCCUUCUACCCCUGGCACACGGGCGGCGACUACCGGCAGCUGUGCAGCCAGCAGGACCUAGCCAUGCUGCCCUGGGUGCAGGAGUUCAACAAGUUCGACCUCUACACCAAGUGCCCCGACCUGCCGGACGUGGACAAGCUUCGGCCCUACUACCAAGAGCUCAUCGACAAGUACUGCCCCGGGGUCCUGAGCUGGUGA